UCCCUCCCCUCCAUCUUUAGCCCGUUGAGAUCAUCCUGGCCGCAAAGGCAGAAAAAGGAGAAAGCGCUCUGGCAGUCGUUCGAACGGCAUUGUUCAAUCUCCCCUGCUGCCUCGCCUCUGCUUUGUUUCGGAAGCCGGCGUGACAACUCUUACCCACCACCCCCUUCCCCCCCCCCCUGGUCGACCGUCUAGCCGAGUUGCUGGCAAACCUUGAUCAACGGUGGUCUUAACUUUGAUUGAUUUUACCUCUCUGGCCCCUUUCAACUAGGUUCGAACCUACAAACAAACGCAAACAAUGGUCAACGGCACCGCUACGGUGUUGGAGCCCACGUUCACGGGAUACGUCGCGACAACACAGGAUGCGCUGGUUCUGUUCGAGGCCUGUCUGACGGGCGUGCUGCAUCAUGUCCCUCGUCGGCCGCACGAUCGGGAACGGGGUCAUCUGGUCCGCAGCGGCAGCGUGUUCAUCUACGAGGAGAAUUCGUCCGGGAUCAAGCGAUGGACCGACGGCGUGACCUGGAGUCCCAGUCGGAUUCUGGGCAACUUCCUGGUCUAUCGAGAGCUGGAGAAACCGUUCCCCCCGGGCGAGAAGAAGCGAGCGAUGAAGAAGGCCAAUCGACGCCCCGUGCCUCCGUCGAGGCCGGGGGAGCCGUAUCCGCGACAGGACAGCAGCGGUGGAUACUCGCCUUCGUCGGCAACAACCAGCCCCUAUGGGGACCGACCUCACCAGACGGACGUGGAGAGAGCUCUGGUAGGUUCGCUAGUCGACUCAUACGGGUUCAAGGAUUCGGGAUUGGUCAAGAAGACGAUGAGCGUGACGGUGUCGGGGGUGACGCACCAUCUGGUGUCAUAUUACAGCGUGGAGGAUGUGAUGCGGGGGUUGUUGAACCCUCCCUCGAUGGUCGACUCACUGCGAUAUGUACGGCCUCGUGCGGAACUGACACAGAAGCAAAGCUUCCGGGCACCGAUCGAUGAUCUGGAGACAGCAGGACUGGAGGCGAACGACCCGUCUGCGCUGUAUGGAUACCGACCGCAGCUGGUAGCGCCGCCCGGAUAUGCGAUCCCCAAUCCUCAUCCCGAAUUCUACAUGCAUGCCAGCGCGCCUUAUGCCGCGACCCAUCCUCCGCCGGCCGCGCCCAUCUCGGGCUACUCCAUGGGAGGGUCAAUCUCUGCGCAGUCGGCCCCGAACCCGUAUCUUCCGGCGCCUUCAGCUCCGACUCAGAUUCCGCAGAAGCCGGACGACUACGCCCAAUUCCGGACGCCCACCCAGUACGGCACGAGCUUUGACGCCCUGGGCCACAGUUCUCUGUCAUCGUCGAUUCCGUCCGCACUCAACAUGCCGAGCUCCCUGAGCGACCGCAACCGAUCCCAGUCGGACCACAGCCCGUCAGCGUAUCGGAACUCGUCAAUAUCCUCACGCAGCGUUGCGACCGACGCGACCUCGCCCAUCGAUCCGGCGACGCCUGGCACAUAUUCACGGGGCGGGAGUUUCAGCUUGGGCCCGCUAGAUGGACCGCACCAGGCCUUGGAGCAGCGUGGGAUGGCAGCGUUUGACCCGGGCAUCCCUCGUCGGGAGUCCAACCCCAUGCCCACACCCUAUUACACGGGCGCAGACCGACACCCGUACUACGUGGGCGCCACGGGCCCGGCCGCCCACGCCAACUAUCCGGUGUCGACGUGGACGACUGCUGCUCCGGCGCAGCCGCAGAUAUGAUCUGAUCGAAGCCAACGAUUUCCUCUCAUCAUCAAUUCUUCGCUCACUCGCCUUCGUUUCUCUUCACCGGACACAAUUUUUACCGUACGCUUUUUUUUAUUCUCUCUCCAGAGGGGCGGCAAUUUGGGAAUAGACUAUGCAUAUAACGCAGUGGAUGAUUACCCGGGUGGAAAAACGCUUCUUAUUAGAGGAGACAUCGGUGGCUUGUUUUUCCUUGUUGAUUGUUGUUCCCUUGUUGCUGCUUCUGUUUUUUUACCCCUAC